AUGGCAGCGAGGCUAAAACAUGCAUGGACAUGCAGCACACAGUGGAAUUUAAACUCCAAAGAACACGUUUUAUCAGCGCUUGAGUCAUGCGACGGAAUCAAACAGUUCAGCCAAGUUCACACACAACUCAUCAUCCACGGCCUCUUUCAACACUCUCUUGUCGCCAGCAGAGCCAUCAAGAAACUCUGCUCUCAUCCACGCACCAUCCCACGCGCCGCUUCCCUCUUCGACCAUCUCCACCACCCCGAUGCUUUUCUCUGUAACACCAUCAUCCGUUCUUAUCUACGGAGUUCUAAUUACUCUGCUGCUUUCAGUUUCUACUAUAACAAAAUGCUCGCUAGAUGGGUUUCACCGAAUCACUAUACUUUCCCUCUCAUUCUUAAACUAUUUGCUGAUAAUGGGUAUCAACGAGAAGGAGAAAAGGCUCAUGCUCGGGUUGUUAAAUUUGGAUUUGAGUUUAAUUUGUUCGCGCGGAACUCGUUGAUUCGAAUGUACUCCGUUUUUGGAAGAGUUAACGAUGCUUGGUUAUUGUUUGAGUCCAGUUACGUAUUGGAUUUGGUGAGUUAUAAUACGAUGAUUGAUGGGUAUGUUAAGAUUGGGAGAAUAGGUUGUGCACGGAAACUGUUUGGUGAAAUGCGUUAUAGGGAUGUUUUCAGUUGGAAUUGUAUGAUUGCGGGAUAUGUGUCCGUUGGGGAUUUGGAAGGUGCGAAGGAGCUGUUUGAAACAAUGCCGGAUAGAGAUGUUGUGUCUUGGAACUGUAUGAUUGAUGGGUGUGUUAGAGUUGGGAAUGUUUCUCUUGCUCUUGAGUUUUUUAAUAGAAUGGAUGGGGGUAUUAGGAAUGUGGUUUCGUGGAAUUCCUUGUUGGCGUUGUAUGUGCGGGUGAAGAAUUUUGGUGAGUGUUUGAAGAUGUUUGAGAGGAUGAUGGAAAGUGGUGAAGCUAUGCCAAAUGAGGCUACUUUGGUGAGUGUUCUUACUGCUUGUGCAAAUUUAGGGAAGCUGAGUUUGGGUUUGUGGGUUCAUUCUUAUAUUAAGAGUAACAAUAUUAAACAUGAUGUCUUGCUUGGAACUUGUCUUCUUACAAUGUAUGCAAAAUGCGGGGCCAUGGGUUUAGCAAGAGAUGUCUUUGUUGAGAUGCCGGUGAAAAGCAUUGUGUCAUGGAACUCUAUGAUCAUGGGAUAUGGUUUGCAUGGAAAUGGGGACAAAGCUCUUGAAAUGUUUGCAGAGAUGGAAAAGACAGAUCAGAAACCAAACGAUGCUACUUUUGUCUGUGUGUUGUCUGCUUGCUCGCAUGCCGGGAUGGUCAUGGAGGGUUGGUGGUACUUCGAUCUCAUGCAUCGUGUUUAUAAGAUUGAACCCAAGGUUGAGCACUAUGGCUGCAUGGUUGAUCUCCUUGCUCGAGCUGGUUUUGUGAAGAAUUCGGAAGAGCUUAUAGAAAAGGUUUCUGUGAAAGGUGGAUCAGCUAUGUGGGGGGCUCUACUUUCUGGUUGUAGGACUCACUUGGACUUGGAGCUUGUGGAGAAUGUAGCGAAGAGACUUGCUGAGUUGGAGCCACUGGAUAUUAGUCCUUAUAUAUUGCUGUCUGAUAUAUAUGGGGCUCAAGGGAGAUGGGACGAUGUUGAGCAUGUGAGACUGAUGAUGAAAGAAAAAGGGUUACAAAAAGAAGCAGCAUCGAGCUUGGUUCAUGUUGAAGAUUUUGAAUCAAAAUGCAUUGUUAAUUAG